AUGUCUGAAGAUUCAAUGUCGCAUCCCGAUCCCGGUGUACAUUCCGAACUGACAUAUCACCCUCCGCCCGCCUCAACUUCCGCCAAACUCGCUACAACCCUAAAGUCCACCCUCAAACUCGACAAACCACGCCACGAGCAAAUCUGGAACAUCCCCAAUAUUCUUACGUUCUCGCGCCUUAUUGCAACUCCCGUUGUUGGAUAUCUGAUCAUACACAACCACCAUCUCUACGCCUUCACCCUCUUUACCUAUGCCGCUUUCUCCGAUCUCCUCGAUGGCUGGAUUGCCCGGCGUUGGAAUCUCCAAACCGUUAUUGGAAGUGUCGUUGAUCCCAUGGCCGAUAAGUUCUUAAUGACAACUCUAGUAACGUGUUUGGCAGUAAAUGGCAGUCUACCAAUGCCACUGGCCGCACUGAUCCUAGGAAGAGAUGUCAGUCUGGCGCUGAGUGCGUUCUACUAUCGGUAUGCCAGUCUGCCGGCGCCCAAGACGAUGGCGAGGUACUGGGAUUUCAGCUUGCCGAGUGCGGAGGUACAUCCCACUACCAUCUCCAAGUUCAACACCUUCCUGCAGUUGAGUUUGCUGGGCACACUGCUCUGCACCAACUUGCUGCACGACCCUUCCGCCACCACGUCUGCGGCGGGUGGCUUGCUCAUGUCGAUUCAAGAUGUGCUGGGAGGCGAAGACGGGGUUAAGAUGAUGAUCCAGGGCAUGUCAGCUAUCGUCGCUAGUACUACACUUUACAGUGGCCUCGAGUAUACAUGGUCAAAGAAAGCAGUGGUUAUCCUGGGCGGAGAUGAAGCCUUGAAAAGAAAGCAAGGUUUCCGCGGUAGGAUGAUCAUGGCAGGUGGAUAUGGUUCUUUCAUUGCGCUCGCAGCGUAUUUGUGGUUCAAUGGCGAGGCUGAAGAGGAUCUGAAGAAGGAGGCCAACAAAAAGCUAGGCAGCAAAAGUGCAUGA